CGUGCGCGCACCCAGGAAGGGGAAGGAAGAUGGCGGCCUUCGGGAUUCUCAGUUACGAACACCGGCCGUUAAAGAGACCGCGACUUGGACCCCCCGACGUGUACCCACAGGAUGCUAAACAGAAGGAGGAUGAACUAACAGCUCUGAACGUUAAACAAGGGUUCAACAAUCAGCCAGCGGUGUCCGGAGAUGAACAUGGCAGUGCUAAGAAUGUCAACUUUAACCCAGCCAAGAUCAGCUCUAACUUCAGCAAUAUCAUGGCAGAGAAGUUGCGCUGCAAUACUCUGCCAGAUACUGGCCGUAGGAAACCACAGGUCAAUCAGAAAGAUAACUUCUGGCUCGUGACUGCUCGAUCGCAGAGCUCCAUCAAUAACUGGUUCACAGAUCUGGCAGGGACCAAGCCUCUCACACACCUUUCAAAGAAGGUCCCAAUAUUUGGCAAGAAAGAGGAGGUAUUUGGCUUCCUGGCAAGGUACGCCGUACCGGUGAUGAGAGCAGCCUGGCUUGUUAAGAUGACCUGUGCCUAUUAUGCAGCCAUUACAGAAACCAAAGUAAAAAAAAGACAUGUCAUGGAUCCUUUUAUAGAGUGGACUCAAAUCAUAACCCGUUACUUGUGGGAGCAGCUACAAAAAAUUGCUGAGUAUUACCGUCAGGUUUCUGGAGGCUGUGUUCCUGCUUCUGGCCCUGUGUCACCAGAGGUCGAACUGUCACUAAAGCAGUGGGAAUAUAAUGAAAAAUUGGCAAUGUUUAUGUUCCAAGAUGGGAUGUUAGAUCGACAUGAGUUUCUCACCUGGGUCCUUGAGUGUUUUGAGAAGAUCCGUCCAGGUGAAGAUGAACUAUUGAAGCUACUGCUCCCCCUCCUACUGCGUUAUUCAGGUUCCUUGGUUCAGUCAGCCUAUCUAUCCCGGCGCCUGGCUUAUUUCUGCACAAGACGCCUAGCGCAGCAGCUGGAGGGCAGUGGUGGUCACACAGGACACCUAAUGGCGGCACAGACAGGCAAUGCACUUCCGCCUGCCCCUGCACCCCCUCCGCCUUCAGGAUCUGCUCCAUCCUCUCCAUUUAGUGACCUUCUGCAAUGUCCCCAGCAUCGGCCUCUUGUGUUUGGGCUAAGCUGUAUGCUGCAGAGCAUAGUUCUUUGCUGUCCCAGUGCUCUUGUUUGGCAUUACUCUUUGACGGAUAACCGAAUAAAGACUGGGUCGCCCUUGGAUCAUCUUCCAAUUGCUCCAUCCAGUUUACCAAUGCCAGGGGGUAAUUCUGCCUUUACUCAGCAGGUGCGGAGGAAGCUGCGUGAGAUGGAGCAACAGAUAAAGGAGAGGGGACGAGCAGUGGAAGUCAGGUGGUCAUUUGAUAAAUGUCAGGAGGCAACUGCAGGUUUUCCGAUUGGUCGGGUCCUUCAUACACUGGAAGUGCUGGACAGUCAUAGCUUUGAGAAAUCUGACUUCAGCAACAACCUGGACUCUCUGUACAAUAGAAUCUUUGGGCUUGGUCUUGGCAAGGAUGGACAUGAGAUCUCCCCAGAUGAUGAUGCGGUAGUUGCUCUCCUUUGCGAAUGGGCUGUAAGCUGCAAACGUUACGGACACCAUCGUGCGCUGGUCGUGGCAAAAUUGCUGGAAAAAAGGCAGGCAGAAAUUGAAGCCGAACGUUGUGGUGACUCUGAAGCUGUGGAUGAAAAGGGUUCUGUAUCUUCAGGCUCCUUGUCUGCUCUUAGUUCACCUCCUGUGUUCCAAGAAGUCUUGCUUCAGUUUCUUGACACCCAAGCCCCAGUGCUAACUGACCCAGCAAAUGAAGCGGAGCGAGUUGAAUUCUAUAACCUGGUGCUGCUGUUCUGUGAGCUGAUCAGACACGAUGUGUUCUCACACAACAUGUACAUGUGUACGCUCAUCUCUCGAGGGGAUCUUGGGCUGGACCCACAUGCACCCCGACCCCGCUCUCCCUACGAAGACCCAUCAGAUGACAAUGACCGCAAGGAAGGCGAAGUCAACAACAGCAUUAAACUAGAGGACACAACACUCUCUGAAAGCAUGGAUAUAGACCACAGCUCAGGGGCUUUAUUUGAUGAUGUAGAGAAGGGGGAUUUUUCAAUUUUUUCACCUGCCAUGCGAUGUGAAGGGAGAAGUCCGGGUCCUGACGAAGGGGACUGCGAUGCUCGCCGACCAGCUAAGGGUCUGAGCGGAGAUGGUCUUCUUACUGUGUUGUACGAACAGCCGCGGCACAUCCAGUAUGCCACACACUUUCCUAUACCGCAGGAAGAGUCAUGUAGCCAUGAGUGUAACCAGAGGCUGGUAGUCCUGUUCGGGGUAGGGAGGCAGCGAGAUGAUGCUCGUCAUACAAUUAAGAGGAUCACACGAGACAUUCUGAAGGUGCUGAACCGCAAGAGCACUGCUGAGACGGGUGAGUUUUGUUGAGAGUAAAGCAAUGCUUUGCAUAAAAGAUGAAAUUGGUGAUAUAUAUAUAUAUAUAUUCUUUUCCAUCCAGGAUCAAAUGAGGGUCAACGGAGACGAAGGGCAAAGCCUGAAGCAUUCCCAACAGCGGAGGAAAUCUUCUGCCGUUUUCAGCAGCUCUCGCAUUUUGACCAGCAUCAGGUGACAGCGCAGGUCUCUCGAAAUGUUCUGGAGCAGAUUACAAGUUUUGCACUGGGUCUCUCCUAUCACCUGCCGCUAGUACAACACAUUCAGUUCAUCUUUGAUCUGAUGGAAUAUUCUCUAAACAUUAGUGGACUUAUCGACUUUGCCAUCCAGCUACUGAAUGAGCUGAGUGUGGUCGAAGCGGAGCUGCUGUUAAAGUCCUCCAGCCUGGUUGGCAGUUACACUAUGGGUCUGUGUCUGUGCAUUGUGGCUGUCCUUCGCCAUUAUAACACCUGCCUGAUUCUCAACCAGGAGCAGACAGCCCAGGUCUUCGAGGGGCUGUGUGGCGUGGUGAAGCACGGGAUGAAUCGUCCUGAUGGCUUUUCUGCUGAACGUUGCAUUCUUGCAUAUCUUUAUGACUUGUAUAUGUCUUGCAGUCAUCUCAAGAGUAAAUAUGGCGAGCUCUUUAGUGAUUUUUGCUCCAAGGUGAAGAACACGAUAUACUGCAUCGUGGAGCCAUCAGACUCAAACAUGCUUUGGGAGCAGGAGUUUAUGUUGGACACCAUUAUUAAUCCAUCUGCACACAGCCUGAACUGUGGCAUGCUGGGAAAACUGCUGAGAGACUCGCCCACCAACCGCUACAGCUUUGUGUGUAAUGCACUUGUCCACGUGUGUGUGGGAGACCAUGACACAGAUAGGGUUAAUGACAUUGCCAUUCUGUGUGCGGAGCUGACUGGGUCCUGCAAAGAUCUGAGCUCUGAGUGGCUGGGAGUGCUGAAGGCGCUUUGCUGUUCCUCCAAUAAUGGAACUUGUGGCUUCAACGACCUGCUGUGCAACGUGGAUGUCAGUGAUCUCUCGUUCCACGAUUCUCUUGCCACUUUUGUGGCCAUUCUGGUUGCACGGCAGUGCCUUUCACUAGAGGACCUAAUCCGUUGUGCAGCCAUUCCAUCUCUCCUCAAUGCUGCUUGCAGUGAGCAGGAUUCAGAAUCUGGUGCCCGGCUCACCUGCCGCAUUCUGCUUCAUCUCUUCAAGACUCCGCAGCUUAAUCCAUAUGAACCGGAUGGCAGUAAGCCAACGUUUGGGAUCCGCUCUUCUUGUGAUCGCCACCUACUGGCAGCUGCACAGAAUCGCAUUGUGCCCGGAGCGCUCUUUGCUGUGCUGAAGGCUGUAUUUGUUUUGGGGGACGCAGAACUCAAAGGUUCCGGGUUCUCUCUCCCAGCCGGCACUGAUGACAUCACCGAAGAAGAUUUGUCAACCAAGAAAGCAGGUGGCCGUCCUGUAUCCAUAGAAACGGCCAGUCUGGAUGUGUAUGCCAAAUAUGUUCUACGCAGCAUCUGCCAGCAGGAAUGGGUCGGGGAGCGUUGCGUGCGCUCUCUGUGCGAGGACUCCAAUGACCUCCAGGACCCGGUUCUCAGUAGUGCGCAGGCACAACGCCUCAUGCAGCUGAUAUGUUAUCCGCACCGGCUGAACGAUACGGAGCAAGGCGAUAACCCGCAGCGACAGCGCAUUAAACACAUCUUGCAGAGUUUGGACCAGUGGACGAUGCGACAGUCUGCCCUGGAGCUGCAAUUAAUGAUCAAACAGACGUCCAGCAAUGAAAUGAAUUCACUGCUGGAGAACAUUGCCAAAGCAACAAUUGAAGUGUUCCAACAGUCUGCUGAGAAUGUUUGUACGGCUACUGCCGCAAGCGCACCCAUCAAUAACGCACCUUCCAGUAACACCCUACCCAAUGCCAAAUCCAAACCAGUACUCAGUGCUCUGGAGAGAUCAGGCGUGUGGCUGGUGGCCCCUUUGAUUGCAAAACUGCCAACAUCUGUUCAAGGCCAUGUUCUGAAGGCAGCCGGGGAGGAACUCGAGAAGGGACAGCACCUCGGAUCUUCAUCUCGUAAGGAGCGCGACCGACAAAAACAGAAGAGCAUGUCCCUUCUAAGCCAGCAGCCGUUCCUUUCUUUGGUGCUGACUUGUUUAAAGGGUCAGGAUGAACAAAGGGAAGGACUAUUGACAUCACUGUACAGUCAGGUACAACAGAUUGUGAGUAACUGGCGGGAGGAUCAGUAUCAAGAUGACUGCAAGACCCCUCAGCUGCUGCAUGAUGUCCUUAAACUAAGGCUUAACUUGGUGGGAGGGAUGUUUGACACCGUUCAGCGCAGCACUCAGCAAACCACCGAGUGGGCUGUGCUUUUACUGGACAUCAUCAGCAGCGGCACUGUUGAUAUGCAGUCUAAUAAUGAGCUCUUUACUACAGUACUCGACAUGUUGAGUGUACUGAUUAAUGGAACAUUGGCGGCUGACAUGUCGAGUAUCUCUCAGGGCAGCAUGGAGGAGAACAAGAGAGCUUAUAUGAACCUAGUUAAAAAGCUUCGGAAGGAGUUAGGUGAUCGCCAGUCUGAGAGUUUGGAGAAAGUACGUCAGCUGCUGCCACUUCCAAAGCAGACUCGGGAUGUCAUUACAUGUGAGCCUCAGGGAUCUCUCAUUGAUACCAAAGGCAACAAAAUUGCUGGCUUUGAUUCCAUAUUCAAGAAGGAAGGUCUUCAAGUCUCAACCAAGCAGAAGAUCUCGCCCUGGGAUCUAUUUGAAGGCCUUAAGCAGUCGGCUCCCUUAUCGUGGGGUUGGUUUGGGACAGUGCGUGUGGACAGGCGUGUUUCUCGGUUAGAGGAGCAACAACGUUUACUUCUGUAUCACACCCAUAUUAAACCUAAGCCACGUACCUACUACUUGGAGCCCCUCGCACUUCCACCCGAAGAUGAGGAGCCGCCCACCCCUACAAAUAUUGAACCUGACAAAAAGCUCAGCGAACCCCUAAAGGUUGAUAAGAGUGGAAGUGGGGGUACCAGCAACACAGACGACAGAAAAAAGCAAAGCAAGCCCAAAAGCAAGAAACGGAACCAAACAACUAACAAAGCAGAGGAGUAUGGGCUUGGAGGGGGGCGUCCUGUGCCUUAUGGUAUGAGUGUUGCCAAUGACCACAUGCAUGCUCAAGGAACUGGACCCAUGUCCCGUCUGCCUUACGGAGCACCAAAUGUAGGCAUGUACGCUCAAAAUCAGCCGCUCCCUCCAGGUGGUCCACGUUCAGAUAAUAGUCCAUACCGACAUCCUCGGAUGCCUGUGGCAAAAGUAGUCCCGUCGAGACCUCAAUAUCCUGGGGUAAUGCAAUCGGGAGUAGGUGGAAUGUACAGACCACAGCCUCCAACGCAUCAAGGUCAGCUACUGAGGCAACAUCUACAGGCAAAACUGCAAGGGCAAGGGACAAUGCCCCAACCUGUUCGACAGAUGACUCCAAACCCCCAGUAUGGUCCCAUGCAAACCUCUCAGGGCUACACGUCAUACAGCCCUCAUAUCGCUCUGCAGCAGCAUCCCACUCCCUCCCAAGCUGGUACAUUGGUGCCACCAGCAUAUGGUGCGCAAUCCUACCCCGGGUCCAUGGCAGCCUCUGGUGGGGCGCUCCUUGACCCUGUGCGUCAGAUGCAGCAGAGACCCAUUGGGUAUGUCCACCAACAGGCUGGCUACAGUUAUCCUCCUUCAGGAGGCCAAAGGUUUCCACACCAGCAGAUGCCACAAGCUAAUAUGAUGGCUGGAAUGGGUCAUAUAACUGCUCAGUCAGUACAAGGUGCAAUUAGACCCAACCAGAUGCUACCUGAACAGCAGUACAUGAGACAGCAGCAAAUGAUCCGGGUGAGUGGUCACAAUCAACAACAACAACAACAGCCGCAAGUCCCACCUCAGCAACAGGCGCCUCCCCAGCCGCAGCCACCUCCCCAGCAAGUAGCAUCCGUGCCACAGUCACAGGGACAGCCGCCUGGACUCGGCAUGCAGUCUCUGCCCCCUCAGCAGCCACUGUUUCAGAGACAGGGAUUGCAGCAGACUCAACAGCAGCAACAGACGGCAGCUCUUGUGCGACAAUUACAGCAACAACUAUCCAAUACACAACCACAGCAAGCUUCUAAUCCAUUUGGACGCUUCUGAUUGAUGGUUGACACAAUCCACUUUGUUAAUCGAAUGGAUAAAAUCUAAGUCCUAGAACUUCCUGACCUUGAGAGAAGACGUCACCAGGGAAGUAUGUUUUCUCUGGACAGACAGUGCUGGGAAGAUGUGUAUUUAUGGACUUGUGAUAUAGGAACAAUGUUACCAGGUGUUACAGCAAACGAAAGGCAAGGGAUGGACCUUUCAGUAGUUUUGGUUUCAACUAAAAAACCAAUGUGAGAGCCAGAAUGUCUUGUGAUCCCCGUAUACCAUGGAGGGGAGUUGCUCACGUGUUUUGUGGACCUUUUAUCUUUUAAAAAUAUUUUAGUAUUUUGUUAACCAGGCGAUUAAAUUGUCAUUUUCUAAAGUAUUUAUACGUCCACCUCUGAACUUCUCUAAUUUUCGGAUACCGCUACUACAUAACUUCUGCUGUUACCCCUGGGUAUGAGGUAUGGGGUUAUAAAUAUAUAAGAACAGGCCUUGUGUGUAAUAUUUACAGUGUUUUGAAUAUGUUUUUUUUUUUUUUUUUUUUCUUGCCGAUGGUGCCUGUUUUAACCGGGGCCUGACAUGAUUAAAACUGUACUGUGGGACUGAGAGGAGUCCUUCCCAAUGCU